GGAUCUUCAGGUCACUGUCUUUUCAUAUCUGCUUUCAUGCUCGCAUCCAAGGUUAUCUGUGACGACACUUACGCCAACAAAUCCUGGAGUAUUGUAGCCCAGGGCAUGCUCCAAUUGCGAGAAAUCAAUCAGGUGAGUUGUCGGCUUAAUUACCAUUUACCAUCCAGCAACUCAAAGCAUGCUGUCUACUGCUCAGGGAUUGUUAUUCAACAUUGA